AUGGCUGAGCAGAUUCAAUUGCCGCUGAUUGGCCUUGCCAAGCGUUUUGGUAUUGUCACGGUCAGCCGCUCGGGCGCAGGCCACAGAAAGCGUGGCCUACAAAACUAUGGAAAGUUUGGAAACCUGGGCCUUGCGCUGGGUCGAACACAUGGCCCCAUUCCGUUACGAAUCGUAAUAAUACCAGACUCCACCACGGGCUCCUAA